AUGUCUGGCUUUUCCUCCAACGACCCCAACACCCUUCGCGUCCUCGUCGUAGGGGAAAGCAAGGUGGGAAAGACGCUCUUUAUUCGUCGUUUGUGCUACGACGUCUUCGCCUCGGCGGCCUCGUGGGAAGGGGGGAAUCGCUUCUAUUGGGAAAACGCGUGGCCGCCGACGGUGGGGGUGGCCGUCGACGUCCUCAUUCGCGACGCCCCGGUGGAGGAUCGCCCGCGGCCAACGUUGGCUUCCUCGCCCAUAUCCGUGGAUGACGACUUUGACAGCGUCGAGGUGGGGAUCCCCACGGGAAGGGAGGAAGUUUUCUCUAAAGAAGACGAGGAAAUCGGCCUGCAGGUGGAGAAGCGAUCCCCCCUGCUCGCCUUCCGCACGCAGACGAUUGAACUCUACGAGUUGGGUGGGGUCGUCCGGCCUGGGGCGGGCGCGAUGCUACCAUUGCAGCGCCUUCAUUUGGAUGGCGUCGUUUUUGUUUACGAUCGCGCGGAUGUGCGAAGUAGCGCGCGGCUUCGCGGGUGGUUCGCCCUCGUGCGGAAGUUUCUCUUUUCGGAAGGGGGGAAGGGGCCGCACCUGAUGCUGCUCGGCGCGUUGCGGAAACCCGUUCGGGCGUAUCUCCCUUCCCUUUCAGGGGGUCGUGAGCCCCUUCCUUCUUUGCCGGAUGAGCUGCUCCUCGAUCCCGCCUUCCGUGUUCGCGUUUGGCAGGGGAUGGAAAAAGCUCGCGAUGCCUCGCCAAGGGGUGAAGGUGGAUGGAUUCGCCCUUUGAAUUAUUUGAUCGCCUUCAUGCGAGCAGUGGGGUGGGUGAUGUGGAUGUUGAUGAGUCCAUCCCUGGUGCUGUCGGAGAUGUUUCAGGAGGAGCGCGGGGAUGUGUAUUUUCGUGCGUGGGUUGGGAAAAUUGAGUGGUGUGCGCGGUGGAUGAUGUGGAUUGAUCAUUGGAUGACCGUCGCGUUGACGGUGUUGUUGUUUGGGGCCCCUGAAUCUUCCUUCCAGGAGCCAUGCCACAGCUCCAGGUCGGUUCUAAAUCGGAUUCAUGAGGACCCUCACUGCAUCGUGCACGUUCACGCUUGCCACCUGUACGACCGCAUUGCAUUCGAAUCCACCAUCGAUGAAAUUACCAGUUUCUUUGACACCCUGCAUCGGUAUAAAAUCGCACGCUAUUACAAACAGCACUGA